UUGGAAAAAAGCUGCAAAUGAGUUUGAUAGGCUUAUUCAAUAUUUCAAAUCAUGCUCUCCUCAUAAUAUAAAGGACACUAUAUCACUUAAUAACGCUAGACAAAUUGUGAUGGAUCUUUCCAAACCUCUUGCUGAAAAAAAAAGGGAAGAGAUGAAACAAUAUGAUUCAAUGAUUGCUGAUCUUAAUGACAAAUUACACAUUCCACAAAUUGAUCUUAGACCAAUACAGUUAAAUUAUCCAAGAACGGUGUGUACAAGUGCUUCUUGUAUCAAAGUUUUAACUGUAGGUGAAACAAGAAUGAAACAGAUUAACUACGUGACUCACUGUCAUAAACGGUGUUAUCUACAAGGUGUUGAGUUUAAUGUUAUAAACAAUAAGGCUCUUUUAGGUUGCAUAGCAAUGAAAGGAACCCAGAAUUGUCAAGUAUGUGGUUGUUCUUGGAAUAAUCAUAUGCAUAUUACUUAUGAGAACGAACAAGUGUCAGUAGAUAAAAUUGAUGAGAAUAUAAAACUUUUAAUCAAUGAGAGACAAAAUGACCAAACUAUAAAGGAGCAGUAUAUAAACGAUCUAGAAAAAAGGAUCAAACAACUGAAAGAUGAAAAAAAGAUCGUAAACAACAUUAUGAUGAUAUUUGCAUUAUUCCUAAGGCAAAAUGCGAUAGCUCCUUUUAAUGAUGCAUACAUUGAUUAUUUGGACCAUUUCAUAAAUGAAGAAAAAAUUAAAAAGGGUGCCAAUCCAAAUGCUUACAAUAAUGAUGUGCUUAACGAACUUGAAACUUCAAGAAGAGAAUAUAUCGAGAAAAUAGAAACCAUAAAAGAGUCGCUUGAAGUUGACAAAGAAUCUCUAACUCCAAUCUCACCGGAACUUAUUAACGACUUGGAGAACCAUCUCUAUCAUCUUACUAUUUCUGGUCAAACUUUACAAAUGAUGAAAGAUGAAACAAAACGUGGUUAUAUUAAUGCGAUAAAUCAUCAUGAAAUGCUUCGUGAUA